UUGAUCAACGUCUUUAAUAGACAAGACGCGGCCGGAUGCAUCGCAAAAUUCUACACCAACAUCAACGUCAUGGCGUCAGAAAGCCAGCCUCGCAAGGCAAGAAGAACAGCCAAUGCCUGCGUCGCUUGUAGACAAAGCAAGAUCAAAUGUUCAGGACAGGACCCGUGUCAGAACUGUCAGCGACGUCAAGUACAAUGCCGUUUUACAGAAGGCGUAACAAAGGUUAUGGUUUCGGAAAAAUAUCUCCAGGACCUUCAAAAACAAGUAGAGCAGUACCAGCGCUCGCCGUCGAAUACCAUCAUUGAGAACAGGCAGAAUACAGAUACACCAUCCAUCUAUCGCUCAACUCCCUCAGCGACACUAUCCUCCGCGCCUCCACCGUAUCGUUCGUCCAUAGAAGCAUCAUCUGCGCCAUACUGCUCUCCCACCAUAUCCCAGCCUCAUUCUUUUUCACCCGUCCUCAAACGUACAAGCGAUGCAGCUUUCAGCGACGUCAAUGGUGAGUGCGGAGGCGAUACCAGGCUUGCUUCUCCUGCGCUCACGAUCGAAGGCUCGCAUUCACUUCAACAAUCCGAGUCUGACCUAGUCAACCAAGAUCCCACCUCAUCUUCAUCGUAUCAGCCGCAGAGCGAGUCGCCAUUGAGUAUUUGGCCUAGCGCGUUUACUAUCCCAUCCAAGAUUAUCAAGAACACGCGGAAGAACAGACGUACCUGGAUAUGGCUGGCUCCGUGGUCUACCUGGUCCUUCACACUACGACUAAUGCUCAUGUUGGGCGACAAACUGCAACCGGGAGGAGACAUGAUUCCGCCGCAAUUAAUAGAAGACGACGUAUACACCUUAUCGUGGAACAUCCGCCCUCCACACGAAAAGCCCGAUGUCACUGGACUACCAUCUCUCGACUACGCGAUCUACCUCUUCCACACCUUCAAAUUCCACCUGGGCCAGACAUACCGACUCUUCGACGAAGUGGAAUUCGUCAACCAGAUCCGUGACUUUUACUCGGACGCGCAGACCAAGGCAGAGGAGAACCGCCUCUGGUAUGUUAAGUUUCUCUUGAUUCUGGCCUUUGGGACAGCCUUUCACUCCUCCCAAUGGAUGCCCUCCACCGAACCCCCCGGCUCGAAGUUCUUUGUGAGAGCGAUGGGUCUCAUGCCGGAUCAUACAGCGCUUUGGAAGGAUAGUCUGCUCGCUAUUGAGGUUUUGGCCAUGGGUGGCUUGUAUCUUUACUCUAUCGACCAGAGGGAGUCUGCGCACGUAUACCUUGGCCAGGCCAUCAGGAUAGCUCUUUUGGAAGGGCUACAUACACAGCUACCGGACAGCGAACUAGGAAAUGAAACGGUUACUCGAUGCCGCGACUUAUGGUGGACUUUGUAUAUCAUGGACCGACACUUUUCUUCUUCUCUGGGAUUGCCCAUGUCAGUUCAGGAUAGUGACAUUUCCACGCCAGUCAACCCUCCCAAUGUGGGAUCUCAAGACGACAGCGCUCGAAGUCUGCAGGUGAACUUGUCGCAUCUGCUAUCAGUAAUUCUAACAACGCUUUACAAACCAGAGAAAACGCCACUCGGACAAUUCCUCGAACAGACCAAGGCGAUUCUUCACACUUUGGCACACCACGCGCAAGAGAUUGAAAAGAUAAUAUCAAUGAAAUUCCGAAACUCGGUAGACACGAUGCCUCGCGGCACGAAAUACAUUACACUUUUAUAUCACCAGUGUGUGAUAGUAGCAACACGCCCUCUUCUACUCUCAGUACUCAAAGAACGUCUCGAUAUUCUUGGUCAGCCGGGCGCUGAAAACUCGGAAGCGUUUCUCGGACAAACAGCAGCGGUGAUAUCAACAGGCAUCAAAUCAGCCGUCAAGACACUCCAGAUUCUGACCAGUGAAUACAGUCUUCUCGAGGUAUUCCUCCCAUACGAUAUCGAAUUUACCUUUGGAGCCGCUCUCCACCUCAACAUGGCAACAGCUUUAUUCCCUGGCGUCGCCGACGACCAAAACAGCCGCCUUUUAGUUCACCAACUUCUCGACAACAUGAUCGCACGCGGAAACCGACUGGCGAAAGUCCGCAAACAAGAACUCGUUUAUCUCGAAGCGCAGUGUCAGGAACUUGUCGCGCAGGUACAACAGCAAGGUCUACAAACACUGUCUCUAGCAGUGACGGAUGAAGCAGCUUCCGCUCCUGAGCUUGCAGGGAAAGUGGAUGAGGAGAGGCCUUUGACUACGGAUUUAGAGGAGGGGAUAAGUGAUUUGGAGUUUUUGGAUAAUAUUGGGAUUUCUUCGGAGGAGUUUAUGGCGAUUGUACAGCAGAUUGGAGAUCCGGAUAUUAUGCCGGAGAACAUGCUGACUUUGGAGUAA